CGCGACUGUCGGGGCCGAGGCCCAGGGGGAGGUGGCCUGUCGCUGGUCGCCCGGCUCCCGGAGGCGAGGGGGGCGCGGGCGGAUGGCGGAAGGUGCCCAGCCGCAGCAGCCGCCACAGCUCGGGCCCGGCGCUGCCGCCCGGGGCAUGAAGCGGGAGUCGGAGUUGGAGCUGCCGGUUCCCGGAGCGGGAGGAGACGGAGACGAGCCCGGCCUGAGCAAGCGGCCGCGCACCGAGGAGGCGACUGCGGACGGCGGCGGCGGGAUGCAGAACGAACCACUGACCCCCGGUUAUCAUGGAUUCCCAGGUCGGGAUAGCCAGGGUAACCAGGAGCCAACAACAAGUCCUGAAGCAAUGGUUCAGCCUUUUACUACCAUCCCAUUCCCACCACCUCCACAGAAUGGAAUUCCUGCGGAAUAUGGAGUGCCACACACUCAGGACUAUGCCGGCCAGACCAGUGAGCAUAACCUGACACUCUAUGGAAGUACGCAAGCCCAUGGGGAGCAGAGCAGCAACUCGCCCAGCACGCAGAAUGGAUCUCUCCCGCAGACAGAAGGUGGAGCACAGACAGACGGCCAGCAAUCACAGACACAAAGUAGUGAGAAUUCUGAGAGUAAAUCUACCCCUAAACGACUGCAUGUCUCUAAUAUUCCUUUCCGUUUCCGGGACCCUGACCUCCGGCAAAUGUUUGGGCAGUUUGGCAAAAUCCUAGAUGUAGAAAUAAUCUUUAAUGAGCGUGGCUCUAAGGGAUUCGGGUUCGUAACUUUCGAGAAUAGUGCUGAUGCAGACAGGGCCAGGGAGAAAUUACACGGCACCGUGGUAGAGGGCCGUAAAAUCGAGGUGAAUAAUGCUACAGCACGUGUAAUGACCAAUAAGAAGAUGGUUACACCAUAUGCAAAUGGUUGGAAAUUAAGCCCAGUAGUUGGAGCUGUAUAUGGCCCUGAAUUAUAUGCAGCAUCCAGCUUUCAAGCAGAUGUGUCCCUAGGCAAUGACGCAGCAGUGCCCCUAUCAGGAAGAGGGGGUAUCAACACUUACAUUCCUUUAAUCAUUCCUGGCUUCCCUUACCCAACUGCAGCCACCACAGCGGCUGCUUUCAGAGGAGCCCAUCUGAGGGGCAGAGGGCGGACAGUAUAUGGUGCAGUUCGAGCGGUACCUCCUACAGCCAUCCCCGCCUAUCCAGGUGUGGUUUACCAGGACGGAUUUUACGGUGCUGACCUCUAUGGUGGAUAUGCAGCCUACAGAUACGCACAGCCUGCUACAGCAACUGCAGCCACAGCUGCUGCAGCCGCCGCCGCCGCGUACAGCGACGGUUAUGGCAGGGUGUACACAGCUGACCCCUACCAUGCCCUUGCCCCUGCCGCUAGCUAUGGAGUUGGCGCUGUGGCGAGUUUAUACCGAGGUGGCUACAGCCGAUUUGCCCCCUACUGAAGUGACGUGAGACCCCUGCAAAUGGGACAGCCCCCAGUCAUGAGGCCUGGCUAUUGCAAUAUUUACUAGUAGAGGAACUCUAUAGCAAGAUGAAGAGGAAAAACAAACAAACAAAAAAAAAAAAAAAAAAAGAGAGAGAAUACUUUUUUAUACCUCACUAUGUUCUUUGAAUAUGUAUUUUUCCUUUAAAUUUUCUGCCUUUAAUUCUUUUGUUCCAAAGAUUGUGCAUUUUCCUUUUUUUCUUUUUUUUUUAACUGUGGUAAAAAAAAAAAAAAAAAGAUAAUGCAUUUCCAUGUCCGUAUGUCCGUGCUUAGCUUAUUCUGUCAAUCAUGGAAGAGGCAGUUAAUGAGGAAGGAAGGAGAGACAUUAGUAGCUAAUAAACGCAUCUGAUCAGAACUCAGUAGAUAGAAUCACCAAAGUGCAUCUGGUGCUGAGUGGCUGGGGGACAAGUAGAGGUAGGAGAGAUCUUUCUGCAAUAGCAUAUUCUCUAGUCUUCUGAAUUUCUGGUCUUUGGCAGGUAGUUCUGAUUGGCUGUGGCUGGAAUCCACAUGCCAAUAGAUAGGAAUUUGUGUUUGCUAAGCAGGAGAAUGAAGAACAAACACUUGCCUCUCCUCUUCCCUCCUGUCUUCUCCAUACUUUCUACAAUCAUCUUAAUACAUACAGCCUGAAACAGUUGGCAUCACUUUUGGAAUUACAGUAUUGAUAUUUCCAAACAUGUUUUCAGGCUGAAUGACAAACACCUCAUUAGGAAAUCCAUCUCAGUGAAUUCUGGAGUAUGAAAACACUUGUGUCUUUUCUUUCCUGUAACCUAGUAUUCUACUGGGCUUCUGAUCCCCUUUAAUUGAAUCACUGCUUAGCUCAUAUAUUCUUUAAUUAAUAUGUUGCUCCCAUGUCCUCAAGAUUCAGGAAUUUAGGACCCAGCGACAGAAGAAUGAAUAGCCAGUGUCCAGAUUUCCUUCAAGUAUCUGGGGAUAGCUUGAAGAUUAAAAGUACAAAGUGUUUAGAGCCAUUAGAAAGGCUGCAGAAGAGACAAGGAAUACUGGAAAACCUGAUAUUCCUUAUCUUGCAUCAGAAAGCAGUACAAACUAUUGAAAAUCUAAUAAAGAAUCUGUUGGGGAAAGAUAAGGCACCAAGCCCAGGGUCAGCUGUUGCUGGAAGUUGGGUGGCAAGGACAUGUGAGGGCAGUCAGGGGGCACUUUGUACGUACUUGCUCCAAAGCCAUAGGAAUUUUUGUCUUCAGAGCCUCUGUGAGUCACAUCCCUACCCAGUCUCCAGCCCUCACAGCCAUUGCAUCCAGCUUCUCAUUAUCCUCCAAAGACACCCAGCUGAGCACCUGGACAUCCUGGUGGAUGUUAACCCUGUAGGACAUGAACUCCAAAGUCCACCGUGGGAGGAGGAUGUGAUGUGGCCAGGAGUUUCCUGCAGGGCCAUGGCAGGAGCCAUUGUUCUUACUGUCUGGCUUUGACUUUAUCUUACCAAGGCCAGGGAGAAAGUAGUUCUCUUUGAACUCUUGGAUGUAACUAAUUUUUAAAAAACAUCCUACCACAUUUCCAAAAAGAAGGCAUUUGGAAAUAGACAAGCCUGGCCUGCUUGGCUCCCUGGUUGGUUCACAUUGGUACAGGAGUGACCUUUACCCAGAGGAUAGCUGCUAAAUGGAGUGAUUUGGAGACAUGGAGAUUCUGCUUUUUUAUGGGUUUGGUUUGAGUUUGUUUUUUCACUCCUGCCUCCACAGGUGUUCUUGACUGAAAACAUUCAUGUCCCUGAGUUAAAAUGGCUGAUUAUGUGUGGCAGCAUCAAGCCUUCUUUGUAAGCACAGUGAAGUAUCUGGCAGACCCUGGCCUGUGCUGUGUGGCACAUGGCCACUCCCCUUCCUCUGUGUGGGUACCUGGGGAGGGUGUGCAUGAAGUAAAGGGCAGUGUCAAGGGAGCUAGAGGUCUCGCUGCAGUCAUUGAUACUGGGGGAUAUAGUGAGCAGGGACAGCCUGCCCAGGCCUUUGGCUGUUUAUCAAGUCUCUGCCCUCAAGCCAAAGUUUGGUCUGUUGCUGUUAAGACAGUUUUUGUUGUAUGUAUAUAAAUAUUUUAGUUAGGAGAGGAGGGAUAGGAUGCGGAGCUUUCACAGUUCUAGGGAAUGGGGGCAGAGAGGGAUUUUUUUCUUUGUUUCUUUGCUUUUGUACUGAGGGAGAACUUUUACUAACUAAAGAAACAGAAAUUUUGGUCAUGUCUAAUAAAGGCUUUUCUCACAAAACAAGCCACUCAACCCAGUGAACACUGGGCCAAAUCCUAAAUGGUUGCAUCCAUAGCAGGGGUGGAGAACAGGGGAAUGAGCUUAAGAAUGUUUUUCUUCUGUUUUCCUAGACAGAAGUGAGGGUAAUGGGCAAGAUAGAGAAGGCAGAUUCCCGCAGUCCUUCCAGGCAGGCAAAUGCUGGAGCUUGACGUUCCUUUUGUGCUCUUCAGUUCAGCUGGUUCUGGCUGAGGCCUCCAAAGCAAGCUCUGCUUUCCAGUAGGUUCCGCUGCAUCUCGUAGUGCUUUUUAAUGAAUGCCACUUCCUCCAGCUCCCUUUUCUAGGAAGGAUUAAAUGGGAUUCUACUUUUUAUGAAAAACCCUUGGUUUUCAGGGUCAGUGUUGAGAACCGAGAUUCUCUUGAGCAUCUAGCGUUCAUGAUACCAACCUGCCCAUCCUUUCUGAAUUUUGAAAUUCCAUACAGUCAACAUCAUGAGAAGCGGGUUCCUCAGAGCAGCAGUGCUAGUUGAUUCUGGUUCUUGCUGGGUUCAGAAACAGAGUCAGAGGAGUUUGGUAUUUUGUGAGUUCAUUCAAGGAUGCUGAUUAAUACUUCUAAAACACUUAGUGAUGCUGAAUCUCAGUACAUAAAUGAGUUUGUUGGCUUUACUGUAGUUCAUGACCUGGACUUUUUCUACUGAGCACCUUACUCUUAGAAGCUGGGCUCCUUUAAGGAGACCUCUAGUGUAAACCUUUAUCUCAAUACUCCUCUUUUAGCCCGGAGAGCUGCCCUUAGGUCUUCGCCAGAAUUCCAUGUGUCACUUAGUUUAACUCCCAUGAACUCAAAUCCACCAUUGUGAUUCACCAUUUUUAAGGCUCUCAAGUUUAACAAAACCUAUCACCAUCAUCCUCCAGCAGCCCCGGUCUGAAAUGAGCCAAUAUAUUUUCUUUCUUUAAAAAGGAAGCAGACUGGGACUCGGCUUUUAAUUUGAAGAGAGCUCAUGGCAAUCUAGUCAGUAGAAAUCAACAAUAACAGCUUUGCCUCACAUGUGGACUCCUCAGGGGCCGAACAUGUCCUCAUUAGGUUAUUCUUUGCUAGAGAUGGAGCAGAUACGCUGGCUGUCCCCACUAACUUACCCUGCCCAGGUAGCUUCCAGACAUGAGGGAUGUCAGGCAGGAAUGGAAGCAGCCCCGAGGAUAUGCGAACCCCCUUCCCUUUGACAGGAAAACAAGGUCACCAGGAGGUAGUCUGGAAAGCACGUAAGAUGUUUUAAGGAAGAAGAGGGGACAUGGUCUGCUGAACCUUCCCCUGUACCCCAGCACAGCCUGUUCUCUGCUACUUGCAACUUUCUAGCACAGUAACGUUUGCAGAAUUGUGGAUUUUUUUCCCCGCAGAUAUUAGGAGGAAAGGGAUUUGGGGGUGGGGUGGGGAAGGGGUUGUGGUGUUUUAAAAGCAUAAGUUACCUGUUUGCACUGUUUUAAGAUAGGAAAAAAUAGUGGGCAAGGUGAGCAUCAAAUGUAAGCUUGUGUGUUUUAUUUUGUCACGCUCUUGAAAAUGUCUGACAUUUGUAGUAUACACCAGUGACACUUGAUUCUCUGUUGCAUAAAACACUAUAUUUUUUUGGAAAUGUUA